AUGAAAAUCUCCACGUAUCUUGUGCUAUUGAUGGGGGUUUGUGGGGUAGAUGCGAAAGGCAGCUUCCUCCUGCCUCCAUCUAUCGUUAGCAACAUUGAUACUGCGGAAGCGAUCCAUACCACCACCGUUGAUUAUGAUGGGGAAGACGGUAUCUUGUUACCCCAAAGCAACCGCAAUGGAUGGGUUAAUCCAGAAGAUCUGGCCCCUAUGCCACAGUGCAUCGCCCAGCAAGAUCAGUCCACCUGGUUGCGUGCCAUGACAAAAUGCACCAGCAAACGAUGCACCUCCCACUUUGGAUUUAUCUGCACCCACCACCAAUGGCUGACUGAACUCAGCUGUCUCAGCACUACAUUCUCCCCCGACAUCAUCGAAAGUUAUCUCCCAUACUGUGGUCGAUCAGUUCUCGCCAAAGCGCAGUUGUAUCUGUGGAUUCGGAAGAUCACCGGGCGAACAUGGCUUGUUGAUGUUGGGGAUACAAACGGGUUGCAAAAUCUCUCUCCAGCCUCCCUAGCUGAAGGGUACGCUGCCGUUGACGUGAUUCAUAAUGCACCAACAUGUCUGACCGACUCGGUUUCUGCUUUGUCGAUGGAACCAUUUCAACAUGUCAUGGCCUCCUGUGGUUUCACAAGCACUACUCAACACACUGGAAACGCUGCUCGUCCUUGGGAAUUUAGUGAAAGGCUACGGUCUAUGAUCGCUCUGGAUUUUGAAACUGUGGGUUACGACCUUGUCCAGCGUCGCAUCUACGAUCUCGUCCUGCAUCGCAUCAGGGAUGGCGUUUACUUUGAUAAAGAUUGCUUCUGCAACGCCUUCAAUAUAGAUCUUAAAAAGGAACCUUGCUCAGGGUCCGGACAACUGGACUUCACGAAGGAGCGUCUCUGGAUUAAUGCCACCUGUGGGUCGACAUCCUUGCCCGAGAACUGGGCCGACACACUCAAAACCACCCAAUUUGCGUACAUUCCUAUCGAAGAUUGGCACUGGCCGAUGUGUGUCGCGGAUAUGCCGAAGGAGGUGAUCGAGCUUCCUGAUCAGUGUGCAACCGAUGCUUGCGAGCCCGGUGGCUACUGCAAAGUCAAACGCGCAAUUGACAGGGCUUGCUUUUGCCGCGACAUCAGCUACGAUUCCUGCGGAGGAUUGUGCAAGAUAUUCGACACUCGAAUAGACUAUCUCAAGUGGCUCCAUGACCUUUGUGGCAAUGUGCAGGACUGGCACGGCCUGCCAGAUAAUUGGCGUCAAUUAGCCGUCCCCACCACACUCGAGAUGAUUCCAUGGCGCUGGGCAUUAAAGCCCUCCAACGAUUCAGACAUUACCCAUACUCCCAGUCGGGGAUACAUCAGGGAAACGGAAACAUGUCCCUCGAAUGAGUCAAAGCUCGCAAGUUUUGCUCUAGUCAAUAUAGCUACUUUCCUUGCAGUAUUUCUCGGUCAAAGAACAGGCAUACAUAAAAUUGCACGCCGCUUUCUAUGGGACUCGCACACGUGGCCUUGGUUUGUCAAAGGGACUUUUAUCGCCGCUCUACAACUCAUAGCAAACUGGUUCAAUAUUCUUUUUAUUCGACAAACCGCUGGCUAUGAGAACGUUCCCGUUAUUCAAUCGAUGUUCCUCUGGUGCUCGAUCCCUCGGCCUACUUGGCUACCGAUUUUGUUGAUUGGUGUACAACCCUUUGGAGAGAUGAAACUUUUCACGGCAGCGUCUUCGCUAUCUACCGAACUGAUCCUCCAGUCUCUAUCAGCAUAUUAUAUGCUUAUGACCGUUCAUUAUGGUCAAAACCACUAUUUUUACUUUGGAGGCAUGGAAGGAGCGGAGAGGAGUGGAAGUGCAAAAACCAUGUAUGCUGGAGCACUCAUGUGGCUUAUUAUCGUUAGCGCGGUGAUCGCUCUGUUAGUACGGGCCACGCGUAGGACGAACAGGUUGAGUGGAUCUGGUAGAUUGAACUCACCAGAGUGGGAGAGAGGCAAGCAGACAACAUCGAGGAUUGAGGAAAGCGGGGACUCAGAAAAAACACCGUUGAUAAAGAGCAAGGAAGGAGAUUACACGGUGUAUGGCGCUUGCUCUGUUGAAGGCCAACAUGACCGGGUUUCCCAGAAAGCAUUUGUGGGAUGGUAUGCGGCUACGGUCAUCAGCAUGCUCCUUCUCUGGAUUGCGCAGUGGCUCUUUUGGGGUGGAUUUAUUGGUCUUAGUUCGGAAGAGUUCUGUCCCCCUCAGCUUGGAGUUCUCACGGCUGUCUGGACUGCGUUCUCAUUGGUAGGUGCUAUGGUUCUCAUUAUUUAG